GCCUCACACCCAGCAUCAUCAGCUGCUCCCUGACCCUGCAUCGCCAUCCCGGGAGCCCUCGCUCAGUGAGCCCCGCUCUCCAUGUCCCGGCUGCUGCAGAGCUCUGACUGGUGCGAUAUGAAGGACUCCGAGCCCGGGCUGCUGGCCAGGGACUACCUGCUGGACUGCACGGACCCCCGAGCCUGGCUGUCCGCCCCCUCCCUGCACGGCCCCCCGGACUGCCUGCUGCACGCCCCGGGCCGGGCGCACUCCAUGCGGGAGCUGUGCAAGCUGAAGGCUCUGCAGGGGGAGAUGGAGGAGGACGAGGACCUGGACGAGGAGGAGGAGGACGCGGAGUCUGAGUGCCGGCAGCGCGCCCCCUCCGGUAAGGGCACUCACGGGGUGCAGAAGCAGCGGCGGCUGGCGGCCAAUGCCCGGGAGCGGCGCCGGAUGCACGGCCUGAACCACGCGUUCGACCAGCUGCGGAACGUCAUCCCGUCCUUCAACAACGACAAGAAGCUGUCCAAGUACGAGACCCUGCAGAUGGCCCAGAUCUACAUCAAUGCCCUGUCCGACCUGCUGCAGGUCCCCCCCGAGCACCCCCUGCCCGGCCCGCCUGGCCCAACCUACCCCCUGCACCCCGCCGCCGGGGACUUCUCAUACCCCUACCAGCAGGGGGCGCACCCCAAAGCCCCAUCCCCGGCCUCAACCGGGAGCAGGGAGUCCCCGGCACAGGACAGCAAGACCUCCCCCAGCUCGCACCGCAGUGACGGAGAGUUCUCCCCACACUCACACUACAGCGACUCGGACGAGGCCAGCUAGUCAGCAGCCAGGAGAGCCCGGCUGGCAUGGACUCAGUACUUACCUGGCACUGGGCACUUAC